AACACAAGACCUAUGCAGCAGAUUUUCCAGGGCUUGCCCAAAAGUGUUCAUGAGAGAAGGGGGGACAGGCCGAGGGAGGGAGUGUUUCAGUUGUCUCUGUUUACUGGCAGCUUUUCCAGCUAGAAAAUCCAGGAGCUUCUGCAAGGCAUAAGGAUCAGCUGAAACCGAUUAGCCCCUAAAGGAAAAAAAAAAAAAAAACAUCUUUCAAGACUUCAGAUCUGGCUCCUCAUGUAAUAUUUAGGCUGUUUUGAUUUGGACGAAUGUCUGUAUACAGAAGUACGCACAUCUGCUUGUAAUAGUUCACUUUACAUUACUCAGAGGUUGAGGCUGUUGCUCAGAACUCCAGCAAGAGAGGAAAAGCAUCCUGUUUAAAAAAGAUCUUUUUUUUUUUUUUAAUAACUUUUUUGCUUUUGUGGUUUGCCGUCCGUCGCUUCUACGGUCGCAGGCAGUGGGCCAGAGAGAGCUGCUUACAGGAGACAUACAAACAGACAAGUCCCAAGGUUUACCUUUGGAUGACUGAUACUUAGCUUUUCACAUACACAUCUGAUAAAAUAUCCAAGGAAGCAGUGAGACAUCCAGGCAUCCACAAACCACAGCCAAGAGCGAACAGCACCUACAGUUCCACCAUUCUGCUGGUGGAAAGUCACACUCUCAGUGGUGCCGCGGUCAAACAUUCGCCAUGUCUCGCUGGGGCCGGAAAGGAGACAAGAACCGGAAGAUGCCAGAGGUGAUUCGUACAGUGACGGAGGGUCUCAAGUCCCUGUACCGCAAGAAGCUGCUCCCUCUGGAGACAUACUAUGGCUUCCAUGACUUCCACUCACCAAGCCUUGAGGAUGCUGACUUUGACAAUAAGCCCAUGGUGCUGGUAGUAGGCCAGUACUCCACGGGGAAGACUACCUUCAUCAGGUACCUCCUGGAACAGGACAUCCCGGGUAGCCGCAUAGGGCCAGAGCCCACCACAGAUUGCUUCACCGCCAUCAUGCACGGGGAGGCAGAGGGGAUCAUUCCAGGCAAUGCCUUGAUCGUUGAUCCCAACAAGCCCUUUCGAAAGCUCAACCCCUUCGGGAACGCCUUUCUCAACAGGUUCCAGUGUGCUCAGAUGCCCAAUCAGGUUCUGGAGAGCAUCAGCAUCAUUGACUCACCCGGAAUCCUUUCUGGGGCCAAGCAGAGGGUGAGCCGAGGCUACGACUUUCCAGCUGUGCUGCGGUGGUUUUCCGAGCGCGUGGACCGCAUCAUACUGCUGUUCGAUGCUCAUAAGCUGGAAAUUUCUGAUGAGUUCUCAGAGGCCAUCGGGGCACUGCGUGGCAAUGAGGACAAGUUGCGCGUGGUGCUCAACAAGGCCGACAUGGUGAGCACACAGCAGCUGAUGCGUGUUUACGGCGCUCUCAUGUGGUCACUGGGGAAGGCGUUUGGCACUCCCGAGGUGCUACGCGUCUACAUCGGCUCCUUCUGGUCCGAGCCUUUGAUGGUGCCAGACAACCGUCGCCUGUUCGAGCUGGAAGAAGAGGACCUCUUCGCCGACAUCCAGAACUUGCCCCGUAACGCUGCCUUGCGUAAGCUCAACGACUUGGUCAAGAGAGCACGUCUUGUGAGGGUUCACGCUCACAUCAUUAGCUAUCUGAAGCAGGAGAUGCCGUCUGUCUUCAGGAAGGACAACAAAAAGAAGAACCUUAUCAACCAACUUCCUGUCAUCUUCUCCAAGAUCCAGCUCCAGUACCAUAUCUCCCCUGGAGACUUUCCAAAUUGUGCCCAGAUGCAGGAGCAGCUGCUGGUGCAUGACUUCACCAAGUUCAAGCCUAUUAAGCCAAACCUGAUGGCAGCCCUGGAUGAACUGCUGACCACUGACAUUGCGAAGCUGAUGCCCCUGCUGCGGCAGGAGGAGAUGGAAGCGGGUGUCCAGCCAGGAGUGCAGGGUGGUGCCUUCUUGGGGACCCGUGCUGGACCAUUCCUGGAGGGUGACCCCUUCGCCCUCACAACUGAAAAUGGGGAGGGCGGUGAGGAAGAUGAGGAGGAAUGGGUGGUGACGAAGGAUAAGCCCAAGUAUGAUGAGAUCUUCUACAACCUGUCACCCAACGAGGGCAAGCUGAGUGGCUCCAAAGCCAAGGACUGGAUGGUCACCACACGGCUCCCCAACUCGGUCCUGGGCCGCAUCUGGAAGUUGUCGGACGUGGACCGCGACGGCAUGCUGGAUGAUGAGGAGUUUGCCCUGGCCAGUCACCUGAUUGAAGCUAAACUGGAGGGGCAUGGCCUGCCGCCUGAGCUCCCCCCACGUCUGGUUCCCCCUUCCAAACGUCGUCAGAAAGGGUCUGAUGCAUGAGAAGGCACCACAGCCCCACAGUGACUCUACAACAGCACAGUUGCCACACUACUGCCAAUGCCAGCCUCUUACCCUACCCUUUGUCUGUUUCACUCUACCUGUCCACAUGCCUAUCCGUCCCUUCUCUAUGAAUAUGUGUGUCUGUUUCUCUUUGAAAACAUAGUGGUUGAGGGUAUCUUUCUCCAACGAUGUAAUCUUUUUUGCGUCAUAUUUAUCCUUUUUCUUGCACCCUACUAACAUUUACUCAGUACUUCAUAUACUAACAUAUAAAACCAGCACUAAAUUUUAACCUCUGACUCUCAACAUUCCCCUGUACCCUGAGAGCUCAUCGCUCAGGGUUGGUGCUGUAACCCUGUGUUUGUUUUGGGGGGGAUGGUGAUAGCUUUUGUAUCUGUAGGAAUAAGAGUAAUUUUUCCUCAAUAUUGCAGCUGAGUUCACCCGCCGGCUCCCCUUUGCCCCAUGCAGUCGCCGUUUGCCUCAACCUUCCUUGUGAAACACCGAGCCACACAAACUGCCGAAGGAACGUGUCCGAUGUGAAGCGCGAAGAUCGCCAAGCAUUAAAGGCGUCUGCUGCGCAUGUGAAAGACGAGGGACGCGACGUGCAGGCAAACAGAUGCCACUGCCUCAGUGUUGUUCUUCUGCUGACUUUUAUACACCUUUGUCAGAGCAUCGCAGAUAUGGCAAAGCACCUCGCUUCUCAACGUCCUGUGCUUCCAUUAAACUGCUCCUCUAAUCUUCUCUUUUUAAAUCCACAGCUGCUCAUCUGUCCUUUCACGUGUGCUUUUUAUAAAUUUUUUUAAAAAAAAAAUAUUUUUCUAUGAAAGAGAACAGUGGAUCUCAGUCCAUUGUUCAAAUGAAUGUCACACCUUUCAUUUUGGCUCGGACUGCUUUAUUAGAAAAAUAAUGUAACUGAAACCAUUGACUGAUACUUUUGCUGAUUACGAUACACUGUCUAAGCAUCUCUCUUAUGCUCAACAUAAUUAAUAUUCAAUAAACAUUAUUUAAAC